AUGGCAGAGACCAGUAUUCCUGUGUGUGAGGACCAGUUCAUGUGUCCAGUCUGUCUGGAUCUCCUUAAGGAUCCCGUGGCUAUCCCCUGUGGACACAGUUACUGUAUGGACUGUAUUAAGGGCUGCUGGGAUCAGGAUGAUCAGAAGGGAGUCUACAGCUGCCCCCAGUGCAGAGAGAUCUUCAGACCAAGACCUGCUCUACGUAAAAACACUAUGCUGGCUGAAUUAGUGGCAAAACUGAACAGGACAGGAGGGCAAGCUACUCCUGUUGUGCGUUCAGUAGAACCCGAGGAUGUGGUUUGUGAUUCCUGUAUCGGAAAGAAAGAGAAAGCUCUCAAGACCUGUCUGACAUGCCUGGCAUCGUACUGUGAGACUCAUGUCCAGCCUCACUUUGAAUCCCUGGCCUUCCAGAAACAUACGCUCGUCAAAGCCACUACACCACUGAAGGACCAGAUUUGCUCCACUCACAACAAAGCGAUAGAGCUUUGGUGUCAAACUGACCAGAAAUUCUUGUGUUAUAUAUGUAUGGUGGACGAACACAAUGGCCAUAAAAUAGUAUCAGUCGCAGCAGAGAGGGCCGAGAGACAGAGACAUGUGGGGGAAACUCGGAGGAAAUCCCAACAGAGAAUCAAAGAGAGAGAGAAAAAGCUACAGGAGCUGAGACAGGCGGUGGCCUCCGUCAGGCGCUCUGCACAGGCAGCAGUGGAGGACAGUGAGAGGAUCUUCACCGAGCUGAUCCGCUCCAUUGAGAAAAGGCGUCGUGAGAUGACAGAGCUGAUCAGAGAUCAGGAGAAGAGUGAAUUGAGUCGGGCUGAAGGAGUCCUGGAGCGACUGGAGCAAGAGAUUGUUGAUCUGAGGAGGAGAGACACUGAGCUGGAGCAGCUUUCACACACAGAGGAUCACAUCCAUUUCCUCAAGACAUUUUCUUCUGUCUGUGCCUCUCCUGGAUCUGAGGACUUUCCCUGCAUCACUGUUAGUCCACACCUCUCAUUCGAGGAUGUCGGAAGAUCUAUCUCUCAGCUGAAAGAGCGGCUGGAAAGUUUCUGUAAGGAGGAGUUUGGAAGACUUUCCACCAAAGAACAUUUUAUUUCAUAUCAUUCCAUUGUGAAUGGAUUACUUAUAAGUCCUUUUGUUUUCACAGUAACAAGCAUCAAGGUCAUUCCUCCGCCUGAAUCCAAGACAAGGGAAGACUUUUUACAAUAUUCCUGUGAUCUCACACUGGAUCCCAACACAGUAAAUAAGUACCUUUGUCUGUCUGAGGGGAACAGAAUGGUGACACACAGUAAAAAAGCCCGGUCAUACGAUCAUCACCCGGACAGAUUUGAUUAUUAUGUGGCGGUGCUGUGUAGAGAGAGUGUGUCUACACGCUCUUACUGGGAGGUUGAGUGGAGUCGAAACUGGAAGGAUGAAGAGGAUGGGUUAUAUGUGGCAGUAUCAUAUAAAGGCUUGGGUAGGAAGGGAGGGAGUAAUGAAUGUAGGUUUGGAUAUAAUGAUCAGUCCUGGACCUUGGUCCGCUCUGUCUCAAGCUACUCAUUCAUACACAAUAGUAAAGUGACUAAACUUCCUACACUUCCCAGUUCCUCCAGAAUAGGAGUGUAUGUGGACCACAGGGCAGGAAUUCUGUCCUUCUACGAGGUGUCUGACACAAUGACCCUCCUCCACAGAGUCCACACCACAUUCACUCAGCACCUCUAUCCUGGGUUUAGCGUCUGGGGAGGAUCAAAUGUCAGGUUAUGUCACCAUCCAAAAUGA